AUGCCUGGUAUCGUGGUAUUCCGACGCCGAUGGAGCGUCGGCAGUGACGACCUCGUCGUGCCCGGAGCUUUCCUGUUCAUCCUGCAUCUGAUAUGGGUGACAGUACUGGGCAUUCUAUUGGGGAUACUGGAAUGGGAUCGCAAUGUUACGUGCAUUCUUCUAUUGUGGGAGUACGUCGUGGGAUACCUAGCCAUUUUCGUGGUCUCCAUGAUAGUAGAAUUUUCCAUCUGCUUCCUGGCUACGAGAGGGAGCAUCCUCGAUACUGCGGCUAGAGCACCGAUGCAAUAUGUUCUCUACGUUCGACUUUUUCUUUUAUUGGUUGAGACCGGCUGGCUGUGCGCAGGUGUAACAUGGUUAACGCAUUACUACCAAACCUGUCCCGUCGACCAAAUUAGAGAUGUAAUGUUAGGUUUAGUGAUAUCAAAUUGGUGCGUAUUGGCGUCGGUGAUGGUGACGGUGUGGUGUACGUAUGACGCCGCGGGCAGGUCGUGGGUGAAAAUGAAGAAAUAUCAACGAAGCAUGAGGGAAGCGGAAUCGAGAUGCGCUAAAUUACAUUACAACCGGAGUGGUAGCAGGAACAGAAACUGGCGGCAAAGGAAAGUUAUACAAGCAUACCAGGAUAGCUGGGACAACAGAUGUAGGAUUCUCUUCUGCUGCAUGGGCAAUUCCGAUAGAAACCGAAACUCGUUCGCGGACAUCGCGAGGCUAUUGAGCGACUUCUUCCGCGACCUUGACGUGGUUCCAUCAGACGUGGUGGCCGGUCUGGUGCUGUUGAGGAAGUUCCAGAAAAUCGAACGGGAGCUGAUAGUGAAGCAACGAAAGAACGAUACGUACGAGUUUCUGUCCGGUGUGCCAGUUACGCCUCGCACUAAAUUCUUGUCCUUGACCGAGGAUGGUGAUCUGGGCCACUUCCAGUCGGCCAUUCAUUACAUGCACUUCGCCCUCGCUGCUUAUGGCUGGCCCAUGUUCCUCGUUAGUCAUUCCACCGGUCUUUGUCAGCUGUGCACAAGAUUACGAUGCGGCUGUUUCCCGUGCGGCGGCCACGAAGACGGGGCUACCGUGGUAGAAGACAAUUGUUGCCAGUGCAAUUACGCGGCGCUAAGAAAGAUGGUCGACGUCGCCGAGGUGGAGGUCAUUUAUGCGACUUUUCACGUCGACGUCGGUGAGACGCCGUUCUUCGUCGCGCUCGAUUACACGAAGAAAAAGGUUGUCGUGAGUAUACGAGGAACCCUCAGCAUGAAGGAUGUAUUAACAGACUUGAACGCGGAGGGUGAAGUGUUACCAUUGUCACCGCCGAGAGACGACUGGUUGGGACACAAGGGGAUGGUCCAAGCGGCCGAAUAUAUUCGAAAAAAGCUGCUCGAAGAGGAUAUUAUAUCCAGGGCGCUUGCUAAGGAUACCUCGAGGGAAACCCAUCAGUUCGGUCUGGCACUCGUUGGCCAUUCCCUGGGAGCAGGGACAGCGGCCAUCUUAGCGAUUCUGCUUAAGCAGGACUACCCUGACCUGGUGUGCUUUUCGUUCGCUCCACCGGGUGGUCUCUUGAGUAUGCCUGCUCAGCAAUACUCGCAGGAAUUUAUUACAUCCGUGGUAGUCGGGAAAGAUGUCGUGCCUAGGAUAGGCCUCAGACAGAUGGAGAGCUUGAGAGCCGAUCUUAUCAAUGCUAUAAAAAGGAGCGUCGAUCCGAAGUGGAAAACGAUAGCGUGCUCGGUGAUGUGUUGCGGUUGCGGUUCCACCCCUACCUCGGCUGCGAAUUUGGAAGCUGGUGGAUGUAUCAGCGAGUACCAAAGGGACAAGGACCUAGCCCGUUCGCAGACCGUUGUUCCAAGCGACUCCAGCAUCGCGUUGACAUUGCACAGGCCUCUGUAUCCGCCUGGCCGAAUCAUACACGUUGUCCGACAUCAUCCCAACAAAGGAGAGCAGAAGUAUGAGAGCCGCUGGAGACAAAUGUUACACAAGCACGAGCCGGUGUACCAAGCUCUCUGGGCGGGUCCAUGCGACUUCGACGAGGUGUUGAUAAGCCCGGUGAUGAUACAGGACCAUAUGCCGGACAAUAUGCUGAAAGCGUUGAACAAGGUGUCAGCGUGCAGAGAUCGCGGCGCUGCAGACGGAGAUGCAGCAACGCGUGCAACAGUUGCGACGGACACAGCAACCCAACGGACACCUGAACAACGACACGUCGUACUCCAUCAUCAAAGUACACCGACGAGCUCUCACGGCCGCGACGCCGACGUCUAUGUCACCACACACUCUUCUCGCCACGGCACAAGAUCCAAUCGCCGAAACGAGUGGGACGAGAGCUCGCGAACAGCACCGUUGGCCACCCCAGAAACACUGUCGGAGGCGUCGAGCAGUCCACCAUCGCCGAUACCACCACCGAGGCCGAUGAGGCGCACACCAAAGAUCUCGGGAAACUUGUCAACGGCGGCGGACGACUUGAAGAACAACCUUCACUUCGCUAUGCUUUCGGCGAAGAACUACUUCCUGAGGGAAGGGAACAACGGCAGUAACACUAGCAGCGGCAACAGCGAGGCGAGUUACGAAAGCGCCAAAAGCUUAACCGCUGGUCUUCCGCCGCCAGUACCGAGGAGACGGGACUCUGUCAUCGUCCGGAGAGAGCAAAGAGUGUGCACGGCUGCAUGCUGCAGGGAUGACUUGUCCGAAAAUUCCUCAUCGCAUACCUCUUCCCAUUCAUCUAGGACGUCGCAAACGUCAAAUCGAGUGCAAUCAGGCUUCCCCGUCGAGGGACACGAGACAAAUGGAUCCAGCUUGGACUUUUUUGAAGCGAAGAGUUCUUCUGGACAACGUGAUAGCAGUAACGACGUGUUCCUCAGCGUGAGAAGUUCCCCUGAGUGUAAAGGUUUAAUGGCACCAGCCACGGAUUUAGGGGCCGAGUGGAAAAAGAAAUUUGAUGUAACGGGAAUGCCGGGUGAUGCUUCGUUACCUCUUCUGCGUGGACUAUCACCAACACCUACGCACGGGCAACACAGUUCGCCUUUCUUUAACGCGAAACGCAAGAAAUACGUGUAUCCAAUCACACUGGUUGGUCGAGGAGAAAGUAGCGUUUAAGUGCGAAAUGGUAGACCGAUCGGGGACCAUAGAAAAGAUGCAGAAUAGAUUUAAAGAAAUCACUAGGUGUCUGUGCCAAUGUCACAGACUUCAGUAUGAUCGUUUAGAAUCGUUCCCUUAAGCCAUGAACAUGCGAAAUCUUCUAAAAUUAAGGGGUCAUAUAUCAGUGUAGUCUCUUUUUAUACGAUCUUUUACUGAAGUCUAAAGACGGCAAACGAAGACUCGAGAUGUAAAAAUUUCUGAAAUUUCUCGAAUAGGUAGAUAGUAAAAUUUGAAUAAUAUUUAAUUGUUAUCGUAGGAUGAAAAUGCUACUUUCUGUUUUCCUUUUUGUACAGUUGUUUCUCGAAUGAGAGGAAGUAUUUUCGGAUUCAGAAAGUUUUCUGCCAACUAAAUGAUAAACCAAAGGACAAAUAAGAUGCAAAGUUGAUUACAUGUAUAUUAAAGAUCUAAUAAAUAAAGACACAUAUAUAAAAA